AUGGCGGCCAUGGCGUCCAGCCCCGAGCUCUGCGGGCGCGAAUCGGAGCGGAGCAUCGCGGAAGUCGUCCAGGCGGCACGCGCGAUGACGGGGAAGCCCGCGCGGCCCUCGGACGAGGAGCUGGUGGAAUGGCUGGAGGACCAGGAGGUGACCUGCGAGAAGGACUUGCUGCAACUGUCGGAGCCGGGCUUUUCGGCGGUGAAACGCGCCCCCGGGGCGUCCUUGGUGCUGGUGGAUGCCUUGGAGAAGCUGCGCCAGGCGCAGGAGAAGGCAAUUCCGGCGGAGCAGGUGCCGGAGAGGGAGAGCGACGCCAGGAAGAAAGUGGAGCCGAAGCCUGCAGACCCGCCCCUCAUCAAGCGGCUCAGCUCCAGCACGCCCAGCGUGGAGAUGGAGGUCCACGGCUUCACAGGCAUCAUCACCAUGUGCAACGAGGCGAAGCGGAACGCCUUGUCCCACCAGGUCUGCGAGGCCCUGAGCGGUUUGCUGGACCGCUGCUGCUGCGCCGGGGUGCGGGUGGUGAUUUUGAGGUCCUCCUCCGGCCAGAGGGUGUGGAGCGCGGGCCACGACGUGCGGGACUUCAAGCGGGUGGACGGGUCGCCGGCGCAGAGCUUCGGCAGCUCCAAGUUCCAGGAUCCUCUCUCCAGCGAGGACUCCUUUGUGAAGCUGCUUGACCGGAUCAGGAACCUCCCGGUGCCGGUGAUCGCUUCCAUCGAGGGCACAGUCUGGGGGGGCGCCACCGACAUUUGCGCCUGCUGCGACGUGCUGAUCUGCACCCCGAAGACCACCUUCGCCAUCACCCCGGCGAAGAUCGGGCUGCCCUACAACCACUCGGGCAUGUCCCACUUCAUUCAGGUGAUGCCGCUGCACAUCGUGAAGUGGAUGUUCUUCUCAGGGGAGCCGAUCACCGCAGAGCAGGCGCUGCAGAUGGGCUUCGUGAACUUUGUGGUUCCAGUGGAGCGCCUCGAGGAGCGCACGGCGGAGAUGGCGAACACCAUCGCGUCGCGCGCGCCGCUGGUGGUGCACCUCCUGAAGCGGCAGCUGCUGUGCAUGAGCCCCGUGCCCUCCUUGACUCCAGAGGUCUUUGAGGAGUUGCACGAGAAGCGCAAGAAGACCUGGUGCAGUUACGACAUGGAGGAGGGCGUGCGGGCCUUCUUCGCCAAGCGGGCGCCAGUCUUCCGGGGCAACUGA